GCCUCUCUCAGUCUCUCUCUCUCUCUCUCUCUCUCUCUCUCACUCACUCGCUAAGCCACAAGUUUUAAGUACUCCGACAACGGCAAAGGCUUUGGUAAUGGUGUAAAGCCUUUAAGUACUGCCACAGCUUUCAGUACAGUCCAAAGCUCUCUCUCUCUCUCUCUCUCUCUCUGAAACUGCAUUGCUAUGACCAAGAAGAACCACGUAAACAUGGUGUAAGCCUGCUAGAUUUCGGAGUUGAGAAGAAGGAAAAGGAAAACAACAAGAAAGGAAAAUGGUGGAAAAAGAAGGGUAUGCAUGGGCACCAAUAGGGGCUCCUUUGGACAACGUGCAGAGAGAGGAGCCCUUGAGGCACUUCGACAACUCGGUUAAUGCUGUGUCGUUCGGGUUCGUUGCCACCGCCAUUCUCAUCUCCAUGUUCUUGAUCAUGGCCAUCUUUGAGAGAUUCCUCAGACCCACCUCGCAGGCGCUCUCGCCGUCCGGUGCCCGCAACCACCGGGACCUUGAGUCCCAGAUGGGCUUCAAUGCCAAACUCGGACACCCAUCUCCCAAAAUGACUGUGUAUGCUAGUGGAGUUUCUGUAUUGAUGCCUGGAGAUGAUAUUCCUACCUUCAUUGCACACCCAGCCCCCAUGCCAUGUCCUCCUGCACGCUUUUUGUGGCCUCCCCAUCAUCAUAUUUCAUUGCCUAAUCUCAACUCAAACUCCAACUUGGGCGCAAACUCAAGCUCAAGCUCCUUAGGAGAAAACUAAACAUGAGAAUCGCAUCGCAUGCUAGCUAUUUCAAGCUCAAACCAUGAUCAUGCACUCAGAGCAAGUGUUACUACUCCCUGGACACUAAAGCAAGCAUGGCCGGACAGUAUUCAAGGUUGCACUAUUUUUCUUUUUACCCAAAAGCUCUUGAUUUGUAUAUAGCAUUAAUGGGCAGGCUGGCCUUGGCAUAAGUGUCACCUUCAAAUUUGCAGACUGACUUACCAUCCAAGUGCACCUGGUAUUACAUAUUUAUCUUUUAAUGUUCAGAUUUCCCAAAUAUGAUUUGGAUCUUUAGAUAUAUGUAUUGCAUUGCCAUCAGAUAGAUCAGUCUCUUACUCUCUUUUGUAAAAAAAAAAAAAAACUGAGGAAUGUAAAUGGUGUUGGGUAUGGUGCAGAAUUUUCAAAAAGGUGCAUAGCAAAGGCCUUAAUAGAUGCUCAUUUCAUGUGUCAAA